AAAAGGUUGAAAUUUUUGCUUGGAACUCAUGAGAGGUGGUCCAUCGUGUUUGUUUUUAUUUGGCAUUAAUUUUAAAAGUGGUCGCGACGAGACAGGAAACUUUCGCCAUGGAUUCACCGAGAAAUUCCAAGGCGCGUUCCGGGGGCAAAGUCAGCAACUCGAUGCGUGACAUUGUCGAGAUUAACCCCUGCGGGGCUUACUGCCGGAUGCCACGGUGCCGGUUCAUGCAUCGUGUGUACCGAUCGUUCCACUUUUACGAACACUUCCGCAAGGAUCAUCCCGAGGAGGCACGGCGGAGGGGUCUACUUCAAAAUUUUGGCCCGACGUCGGUGACGCAGCCCAUCAACAGAAUUCCGGAAAUCAAUUCUGCGUUGCGCCCACGGUCUACAUUGCCCUUGCGGCAACUUGUCCUGGAGUACAUUUCGAUGGAUGACGACGGAAUUCACUGUGAGUUGACCAGCGGCGAGCCCAAAUGCACGUACGUGCAGCAAAAUUUCAACCACCCAAACUUUGCGCGACAUUUUUGCAAAAAGCAUCCCGUUGAGGCCAGCCUUAAGGGCUUCUGUCGAGGUUUCCUCGAGGGAGUUCUCGAAAAAAGCGUCCUUAAAUCAUCAAAGAAGGAAGUCAUCCCAGAAAAGAAAAAACCGCGCAAGGCGGUGCUCGAUUACGUUAUGCGCGAGCAAGAAGGUUGGCGCUGCCGAAUCGCUGGCCCUUGCUGUCCAUUUGUGCGGAAGGUUUUUGUAACGGAAAAAUUCCGUCGCCACUUUCGGCUGAACCACCCGGGGGAAGCAAAAGAGUACGGGUUCUUUGAGACGCUGAUGCAGCCGAAGAAGGGGCGCGGGAAGAUUCUGGUGCAGAAGCAGAAGGUGGAAUCCGAAGUGCAACCUAUGGACAAUUUAUCCACAUGGCAAUCUGGCAACGCAACGGAAAAUGAUGAAAAUUUGGACCAAAAAACACCCAGCGAAGAUCCUUCCGAGUACUGUCGAUUAUGCUUCACCGCAAGCGAAGUUUUAGAACCAAUUUAUGACCCUUUGGAUGGCACCGAUCUUGCCGAAGUGAUCGAAACGUGCACCAACGUACGACUCGACUCCGACGUGGACCAUCAGUGCCAGAUUUGCGUCGGGUGCCGGCAAAAGUUGCACGAGAUCCAGCGUUUCCAGGGGCAGUGCCAACGGUUGAACAACAUCGUCGUCCGCGACCGGCAAGAAGUAAAUGGCGCGCCCAUCGAAACCGCCCUAGUGGACGUUGAGCCAGCGGCCGCCUUUCUGGUAGAGAUGAUCAAAACAGAGCCGGAAGACACAAUAGCGGUUGUGCAAGAGUCUCCACCGUCGGAGGAGGAAACCGACGGAGAGUUGCCGUACAAUCAGCUCGAGACUGGUUGGUAUGGCUGCCAGAUGUGCAAGCGGACGUUUCACUCGCUGACCGCCAUGACUGCUCAUCUUCGGAACGCACAUGAUCAAGCGGAGCCUCCUGUUCCGUCUACUUCAGCUGUUGAGGAUGAAAGUAUGUCGUCGUUCCGUGUGGUCAUGGUGGGAAAUGUAUCGUACUACAAGUGUACCGAAUGUGACACGCUGAUGCGGGUGAGGAGAAACGUGUUGCGGCAUUGGCGGCGAUUUCAUCGUAAUGAUAGCCGGCAGGGGAAGCGGGUGUACUGUGCAGAGUCCGGGUGUGGUCAGUUCUUCAUGGAAGGCAGAGCCCACAAGAACCAUCUUGAGUUCUUCCACGGUAUUCGGUUGCUGGAUUACAAAGCGAAGUACUCAGAAUAGAUUAAUAAUUGAUCUAUUUUGAUCUACACUACAAAUACAGUUUCACAAUAAAUAUUGCUAAAUAAAAGAAAUAAAAUUUUCUUUUUAUUCCUGUCCUGCGUGAUUUUUGGAAUGGGUUAAAUAAUGCUGCAGCAGCAGUGACGAUACAAGGCAAAAAAAUCGCAUUGCAAACUCAAAGCAAAGAACAAAAAAGUGUAGAACCAAGUAAAAAGGUGAACCAAAAAAGCAGUACACAACCGAUUGAACCUAAGCCAAACAGCAGCAGCGGCAGAAAAAGCAACAACAGUAAACCAGACCAAAAUGCAAUGCAAACAAAUGAAAUUGACGAAGCAGCCAACGAUGGAUUCGAUACCGUGCUAUCUAAGCGCAAUCGUAGAUCCCGGAAACGCGUACAGGCGGACGCGGAUGACGAAUUAGCAACAAAACGAAGAGAGAUGGCAAAAGAAGAAACAGAUGAAGAAGAUGAAAAUAUAGUAAAAGCAAACUAUUAUAAGGAAAAGUGUUAUGAGAUAACUUAUAAAAUCUAGGAAGAAAAGGAUAAAGAUAAACUUGAAAAACUAUAUAAUUUAAGAUCAAAAGUUGAAUUUAAAUAUGUGGAAAUAAUUUUUGAAACAGCCAUACAAGUGAUUUAAAACUCUGUAAUCUUUCCUCUCUAACUAUCCA